UCGUAACACGCCUUUCCUUCCACCCAUGAUAUUCUUUCGUCCUGAUUAAUCACCAAAAUAAUUCCCUCUAUUUCCCUUGGUGGCGUUUCCUGUCCAUCAGAUGUCUGCCGUCGCUACUGAAGGCCAAUCGUUGACUUUAUCUCCUUCGAAAUUAUCAUCUUCUCAGAAUCUGUCCCGUCAGCCGUCUGGUUCAUCAAUCAACGGCAAGCCUUCAGACCAGAGUUCCAAUUCUCUUGCACCCUCUCCGCACAAAUCUAGUCUUCGAUAUCGUGCAUCCAAGGGCCCAACUACAGGCUUAGACGAUGACCAAAAUGCUCGAGGCGAGAACGUCUGGGGUGCCCAAUUUUGGAUCACUAUAAUUGAUCCUGAGACACAGAACUCGUUCUAUGCUUGCCCAGGGACUGGAGAGGUCAGUUGGGAUCCACCCACAGGAAACUUUGUACUGCCUCCCAGCGACGAAGGAGAGUGGUGGGAGCUUUGUGAUGAAUCUCGAGGCGGGAUACCCUACUAUUAUCAAACCAAAACUGGGGAGACAGUCUGGGAGCGCCCGACAGGAUUUGUUAUACCUUUGGGUAUCCUUCAAAAUAAUGCGUUAGGCCGACGUCUAUCAAAUCGAUUUUCGCAGUCGAUCAUUGAUGAAGCAAGCUCUAAAUUAGCUCAGAUACCCGAGAGGCCUUCUUUUCGACGCUCUCAGACUUUGCCCGGUAGCCAAGACGUAACACAGACCGCUCAUCUCUCUCCGAAUGGCAAACAUGCUUCGCCUAGCGCGAGAAAACAAAGUUCUAGCGUCCGGCGAUCUUUCUCUAACGAGCUUGGCCGUAACAGUACAAAUCGACUACCGCCGAUCCCUGCUUCGCCUUACUCGACUGACGCAUCUGUCCCUCCCUCACCCGCUGUUUCUCAACAUUCCCUCUCAAAACUUACAACGAUUCCACGUUCUAAAACUCCCUCCGGCCCCAGCCCGAAUGGAUAUAUGUCCCACAACGGCUCAAAUUCACCGACCCGAGCGCGCUCAAAAUCAUCUUCCUAUGUAUCUCGUAAACCAGCGCAACCGCAGAGCCUCAAUGCCGCUUUGGAACUUCUGAACACGUCUCAGUCCGAGAAUAGUAAUCAGGGUAGCUCAGCAAAAUCCAGUCCCACCUCACCAUCUUCUCGUUCCAGCACAAGGGAGACACCCCCAACACCGCCUUCCCCUCAACGAACGCGGAUCCCAUCGUUGCCAAAUACGACUGGUAAACAUACUGGCCGUAACGUUUCCGGUAUCACUGUGGCUGGAAAGGAAAUUAGUGCGCCGAUCCUCAAUCAUGCCGCAACGAUGGAUAUGAGUCCAGUGAAAAACCGCGCUGCGGGAAAACCUAUACCUGUUUCACCCGUAGUCCCACUUCAUCCUACGCCUUCGACUACUCUGAGUACUGGAAUAUAUCCUGCUCUCCCGCACGACCUCGCUUCUGACAUUCUGCAGUUCUCGGAAUCAGACUACGCAAAACAAUAUUUCUCUACACAUCGUUCUGGAUUCAUAUUCAAACGACGAAUCCCUGUCGCUCAGUUGGUGACAUGGCAAAAGGCUCCUCUGAGUUCCCCGCUUUUGACACUGAAAGGUAAUCUCAACCGAGAUGCUGUCAAGAUAUUCAAGGUCGUUCAACACAUAAUGGGAGAUCGGGAGAAGGAGAGGGGUUUGGGUGUUCGUGCUCCUUCUGACUACGUUUCGACGGUCUCUCCUAUCAACUCGUCGACCACCUCACUUGGACAUUCUUCUUCUUCAUCUCAUAAUCAUGUUUUGGAAGAAGAACGAUGGUUGCUGGGGGAGGGGUUGACCCACGGUGAACUGCGAGAUGAAAUAUAUUGUCAAGUGAUGAAACAGCUCUCCAAAAAUCCAAAUCCCGAGAGUGUAUUCAAGGGCUGGCAGUUGCUAUGUGUCCUUCUCAUCACCUUUCCUCCAUCGAAGGAUUUUGAGAUGUAUUUGCGAUCCUUCAUUCAGACUCACCUGUCACAUCAUGAAGGUCGGAUAGACAUUAUGGCCAAGUUCAGCUUGCGACGCCUCGACGUAAUAUCCAAAAAGGGUCCACGAGGGAAACCACCUACGAUUUCGGAACUAGAGACGGCUUCAGAUGCCGCCUUCAACCCUUCAACCUUUGGUGAAUCCCUUGACGCUAUCAUUCGUCUCCAAGAACGGAACUAUCCUCAACAAAAGGUUCCCAUCAUCCUGCCCUUCCUUGCUGAUGGGAUUCUCGCCCUGGGUGGUACGAAAUCCGAAGGCAUAUUCCGUGUGCCCGGGGAUGGUGACUCGGUAUCUGAGCUCAAGUUAAGGAUCGACCGCGGGUAUUAUAACUUGGAAGGAGCUGACGACCCGAACGUCCUUGCGUCGCUCAUGAAACUUUGGUUGCGAGAGUUGUGUGAGCCUUUGGUGCCGGAGGAGAUGUACAACGAAUGCGUCACAAGUUCGAAGGAUCCCGAGGCGUGUGUGCAUAUCGUGAAGCGUCUCCCGACGAUCAGCAGGAGGGUGGUGCUUUUUGUGAUCAGCUUCCUCCAACUCUUCCUGGACGAAAAAGUCCAAAGUGUGACGAAAAUGACACCUGCUAACCUCGCCCUGGUGAUGGCACCCAAUAUACUGCGGUGUAAUUCAGAUUCGAUGUCAGUGGUUUUCACUAAUGCGCAAUACGAGCAGAUAUUUGUUUAUAAUCUACUCUUGCACCUCAAAUGUGCAGACAUCGACACUAACUAUGUGCCGGUUCAUGGACUUGGGGCUGUUCAACCGUCACCAGCCCCACGGAAGUCUAAAUCUAGAGUAAAGCCUCUUCAACACUGACACUCCUUUUUCUUCUCCUUCUUGGGCUCUGGUACAAUGUUGUAUCAUGCUUUUUUCUACUUAACACUCUUCCUUGAAUAUACCCAUUACUGAUAAUCAAAAAGUUAAUUAGAAUUCUCGCAUUUUCCUAAUCUUCAUUCUGCGUUCUUGCUUCCAUCAAUUCUUGUCUUGGCUGCUGCAUGCAUGGAUCACUCAUUAUUAGUUCCUUUUCGACG